AUGUCCCCCCACAAGAAAAACGACCUCCCCUACAUCCACCGCUAUAUCACCACCCACAGUUCCGACGGCGAAGCAGUGUUUGUCUCCCAUGCGCAAAUACCCGAUUACAUGCCAUCGAAGCCAGCCGGCGAAGAUGGCGAGAUAGCACUUUUAUACGCCACCACAAGUGUCCCAACCAACAUCGAUGACGAAGCCGACAUAGCGAUUUACGACGAAUUUCUCCACCAAGCACCAGGACUUACAACAGAGUCAGGAACUACAUUCAGGAUGAUUGAUCUUCGACCCGGUAAGAUCAGCCCUAUGCACCGCACUGUUAGUAUCGACUACGGAGUGGUGGUGGAGGGCGAAGUCGAUUUGAUACUGGACUCCGGGGAAAGUCGGCAUCUACGGCGAGGCGACGUAAGCGUACAGAGAGGCACUGCACAUUGCUUUCGGAAUCGAAGCUCGACGGAAUGGUGUCGAAUGCUGUUUGUCUUUUUGCCAAUGCAGAAGAUUACAAUUAAAGGCAAGGAACUGGACGAAGAGGUAUAUGAUCAGCAAUAUGAGAAGCCAGGAGGAGAUUAA